AUGGCAUUUCUGGGUUGGGGGAAGCACAGCCCGACGGGGCUGUGGGAUGUUUCUGUCCUGGGGCACGGUCUCCAUCCUCGCCGGGACGGUCUUCCCCCCCACGCUGCACCAGAGGGGCUGAGGGGCGAUACCCUGAUAGACGUCGGCUGUGGCCCCACCAUCUACCAGCUUCUGUCCGCUUGUGAGCACUUCCAGGAGGUCAUCGCCUCGGACUACGCGGACCAGAACCGCCGGGAGCUGGAGAAAUGGCUGAAGAACGAAGCGGGAGCCUUCGACUGGAGGCCGGUGGUGAAAUACGUUUGCGAGCUGGAAGGGGACAGGGAGAAGUGGGCUGAGAAAGAGGAGAAACUGAGAAAGAAGGUGAGGCAGGUUCUGAAGUGCGACGUGACCAAAGCCAACCCCGUGGACCCCGUGUCCCUGCCUCCUGCCGACUGCGUCCUCUCCACCCUCUGCUUGGAGGCCGCCUGCAAGGACCCGGCCACCUUCCGCAGCGCCCUGAGAAACGUCGGUGCCCUCGUGAAGCCGGGGGGGCACCUGGUGAUGGUGACCGUCCUCCGGGAAACCUACUACGCCUUCAACAAGCAGGUUUUCUCGUGCCUCCGCCUGGAGAGAAACGAGGUGGAGGAAGCCGUGGAGGGCGCUGGCUUUGACGUGAAGUUCAGCGAGGUCCAGCCGUACCUGCCCGGAGACGUCCGCACGGACUGCGAAGCCGUGUUGAGCCUCGUGGCACGCAGGCGUGCCUCCCUCACCGGAUAGCAUGUGGGCCCUGGGGAGGAAAACAGCAGCGUGUCUGGUUUCAAACCGCCCCGCCGAUGUAACCCACAGCCCCUUAACCCCUUUAUCUGAAAGCAAAUAAAGUCGCGAGUGC